UUCUCCCUGACGCAAACAAACUCAACUAAACCAGACCUAGAGACCUACACACAGUCACAGAGCCACACACACACACACACACUCUCUCUCUCUCUCUCUCUCUCUCAGAGCUUUCACAACCGUAACGAAAUCAAACUGAAAAUAAUGACGGUGUUCGCCGGAAAAGCGCACGUGUUUCCUAUCAACUACGAAGCCGAGGUGUCGCAGCGGUUGGUCGACGCUGCUCACGACAAUGAUCCGAAGUCGGUGUGCGAGUGUCUGGAAGAUCCUUUCGUCGACGUGAACUACGUCGGAACAGUGUGCUUGAAGAGUAGGAAGACAGAGAUUGUGUUGAAAGGUGAGUCGGCUCACGAGGUUGGCGUCGAGUACGAGGAGUUCAAGACUCAGGUCACCGCCUUCUUCCUUGCAGCUCAUUCCGGCAAUUUGACGCUCGUCAGAAAACUACUGAGUUAUGGAGCCAAUGUGAAUCUGAAACUGUUUCGAGGCUACGCGACGACAGCAGCAGUGAGGGAAGGACAUGCACAGAUACUGGAGGUUGUUAUCAAUGCUGGAGCAUCUCAGAAGGCCUGCGAGGAGGCCUUGUUGGAGGCAAGCUACUUGGGCCGGGCUAGGCUGGCUGAGAUGCUCAUGGCAUCCGAGUUGAUCCGUCCUCAAGCUGCUGUACAUGCUCUCGUUUCUGCUAGCUGCAGAGGGUUUGUUGAUGUUAUAGACACACUCAUCAAGUGUGGGGUAAAUAUCGAUGCAAUUGACCGGACAUUGCUUCAAUCUUCGAAGCCAUCCCUAUACACCAACGCCGACUGCAAUGCUCUUGUUGCUGCCAUUGUCAGCAGGCAGAUUUCGGUUGUGAGAUUAUUGUUGCAGGCUGUUGCCAGAACAGAUAUCAAAGUGAGUCUUGGAGGCUGGUCCUGGGAUGUAAGUACAGGAGAAGAGUUUCGGGUGGGUGCAGGACUAGCCGAGGCGUACAGCGUGACAUGGUGUGCUGUGGAGUACUUUGAAGCCAGCGGUGCUAUCUUGCGAAUGCUCCUACAACAUGUCUCCCCUAACAUUGCUCAUUUUGGGAGGACUCUCAUUCACCAUGCCAUCUUGUGCAAUAAUGAAAGAGCAGUGGAUGUGCUGUUGAGUUGUGGCGCAGAUGUAGAGGUUCCGAUUAAGACAACUACUUCAGAAACUGAGUAUCCCAUCCACAUGGCUUCGCGGUUUGGAUUAAGUAAGAUUCUCCAACAACUGAUCGAUGGUGGCUGCAAUGUCAACUCUCGAACGGACUCUAGAGAAACUCCUCUCAUGAUUUGUGCUAGAUAUAAACACCAGGAGUGUUUCAGAAUUCUUGCUUCUAACGGUGCUGAUUUUGGCCUGGUCAAUUCUUGUGGUCAAAGUGCAAGUGUAAUUGCAGAGUCAGCUAAGUGGAGUCUCGGCUUUAAAAGGGUAGUUCUAGACUUGAUUCGAGCUGGGAAGGUUGUUCAAUCGAGUAAUAUGACAAUCUUUUCUCCUCUACUGUAUGUGACUCAAGCAAAUGAUGUUGAGGCUUUGAAACAGCUGAUCAAUUGUGGUUGUGAAAUCAACUCUCAAACAGAAUCUGGAGAAACUGCACUAAUGAUCUGUGCUAGACAUAAACACCAGGAAUGCUUCAAAGUUCUUGCUUCAAAUGGUGCUGAUUUUGGCCUUGUCAACUCUGGCGGUCAGAGUGCAAGCUCAAUUGCAGAGUCAGCUAAGUGGACUCCUAUCUUCAAACAAGCUAUCCUAGAUGUGAUUCGGGAUGGGAAGGUUGUUCGAUCAAGCAACACAUCAAUAUGUUCUCCUCUAAUGCUUGUGACUCAAGAAAACAAUGUUGAGGCUUUGAAACAACUGAUUGAGAGGACAGACAUCGAUGUUGAUGAGCAAGACGAAAAUGGAUACUCUGCUGCAAUGAUAGCUGCAGCAGAUGGUAACUUGGAAGCUUUCAAAUUGCUUAUCUGUGCAGGAGCUGACAUGAAUCUGCAGAACAAACAUGGUCAGACCCCAUUGGACCUACUAGAUACAAACCAAAACGGUGAAGAAUUUGAAAAAUUAUUACUGAAUCAUGCAGUUCAAAAGGGCCCCAAUAGUAGUUCCCUUGAGUUCUAUGCUCUUCAUCUUGCAGCGCAACACGGAGACUUGGAUUUGGUUCAUACAUUGAUAAGUCAGGGGUAUGAUGUUAAUGCUUUCGAUGCUGAGGGAUACACUCCAUUGAUGUUAGCAGCAAGAGGUGGCCAUGGUAAGCUGUGUGAGCUUUUGAUUUCUUUUGGGGCUAGAUGUGAUACUGUGAAUGCAAGACAUGAGACGGCACUGUCUCUUGCAAGGAAAACUGGAUCUAAAAAUGAUGCAGAGAAGGCUAUAUUGAAUGAGUUUGCACUAAAACUGGUGCUGGGUGGGAGUCAUGUCAAGAAGCACACAAAAUGUGGUAAAGGAGCUCCCCAUAGUAAAUUGCUGAGAAUGGUUGGGGCUGCUGGGCUUUUAAGGUGGGGGAAGUCAAGUAAGAGAAAUGUGAUCUGCAAGAAGGCGGAGGUCGGGCCUAGUGAUGCAUUCAGAUGGAACCGCAGGAGGAAGUUUGACUGUGAUGAACCCGGGAUGUUCCAUGUGGUGACUACAAAAAACAAGGAGCUGCAUUUUGUGUGUGAAGGUGGGGAUGAAAUGGCAGAGUUGUGGGUGAGAGGGAUCAAGCUUGUGACAAUGAAAGCUAUCUUUGGCAAGAAUGAAUGAGUGAAGUUGUG